AUGGCAUCCGAAACGAAGUCAAAGUGGUCGCAUCUGCCUCUGAGCACCAGCGGCCCUAUUGACUGUGCUGUGAGCGGUUCAGUCCUGCUCAACACCCCUUAUUUCAACAGAGGCUCGGCACACACUGCCGAGGAAAGACGAACAUUCGAGCUGACUGGGUUGCUACCUGCGCGUGUUCAAACACUUGACGAUCAAGUCAAGCGAGCCUAUGAGCAGUACUCAUCACAGCCCGAUGAUCUGUCAAAGAAUGAUUUCCUAACUUCCUUGAAGGAGCAGAACCUCAUUCUGUACUUUAGACUGCUACAAGACCACAUGCAAGAAAUGUUUAGUGUAGUCUAUACACCAACGGAAGGAGAGGCUAUCGAGAACUUCUCGCGCCUCUUCCGACGACCAGAGGGCUGCUUUCUCAACAUCAGAGAUGUAGAUCGUGUUGAGCAUGACCUGGCACAAUGGGGUACUGCGGACGACAUUGACUACAUCGUAGUAUCGGACGGAGAAGAAAUUCUCGGUAUUGGUGACCAAGGUGUUGGUGGUAUCUUGAUCUCCAGUGCCAAGCUUACCCUCACCACACUCUGCGGCGGUCUCCAUCCGGACAGAACCCUCCCCGUGGUACUAGAUUGUGGCACGGAUAACGAAGGGUUGCUGAACGAUGAUCUCUAUUUGGGAUUGAAGGAGAAGCGUGUUCGUGGAGAGGAUUACGACAAGUUUGUCGAUGCGUUUGUCACUGCUGCCCGCAAGUUGUAUCCGAGGGCUUACAUCCACUUCGAAGAUUUCGGUCUCACAAAUGCUCGCCGAAUUCUUGAUCACUACAAACCCAAGAUUCCCUGUUUCAACGAUGAUGUACAAGGCACUGGUUGCGUGACCCUGGCAGCAAUCAUGGCAGGGUUGCACGUCAGCAAACAGAAACUCGAGGACCUGAAACUGAUUAUCUUUGGUGCCGGUACCGCUGGUGUUGGCAUCGCGGAUCAGGUAAGAGACGCAAUCGUCACUUACAAAGGCUGCGGCAAAGACGAGGCUUCAAAGCAAAUCUGGUUGGUUGACAAGCCAGGUCUGCUCACCACCAAGACCGAAAACCUGUCAGACGCCCAAAAGCGCUACGCAAAGGACGACCCUGGCUUUGCAGGCAAAGGAAGUGACCUGCUUGAGGCCGUCAAGCACGUCAAGCCCAAUGUGUUGAUUGGUACAUCCACGAAGCCCAAGGCGUUCACCGAAGAGAUCAUUAGGGAGAUGGCUAAGCACGUCGAGCGACCGGUGAUUCUGCCUCUGUCGAACCCCACGAAACUCCAUGAGGCCGUCCCCGAGGACCUUCUGAAAUGGACGGACGGUAAAGCCCUCGUUGCUACCGGCUCGCCCUUCAAGCCGGUCAAGGGACCGUGGGGCAAGGAUGGCAAGGAGAUUGAGAUUGAGGCCGCUGAGUGCAACAACUCCGUGGUCUUCCCGGGUAUCGGGUUGGGUUCCGUCCUCUGCCGCGCUUCAAGGGUUACGGACAAGAUGUUGGUUGCCGCUGUCAAAGGUGUCUCUGACUUGAGCCCUGCGCUGAAGGAUGAGACGGCCCCACUUGUACCUGGUGUCGACAAUGUGAGAGACGUCAGUGUGAGGAUUGCACGCGAAGUCAUUCAGGCCGCCGUGGAGGAGGGCGUCGCGACUGAGAAAGACAUCCCGACGGAUGAGAAGGAGCUGGACGGGUGGAUUAGAGAGCAGAUGUGGGAUCCCGUCUACCGCCCGUUAAAGCGCGUUGAGGUUAAGGGCGCGAGUCGCAAAGCCAAGGCAGAGCUGAAGAUCGUCGGUAGCUUGGCAGGAUGAAAAACGGGUUUGAAAGAACCAUUCGCGGAGAUUUAACGAAUUAUAUAUAUAUAUUUUUUAAUCACAAUCCGAUCUCAUACAAUCU